AUGUCAAAUAGCCAUGCAACUGGCACUGCGGAUAUCACUAUUGCCUCCAUCCGCAGCCUUCUCUCUAAAGGGCGCAUAGAAAAGUUUGACCCAGCCAGAUUCAAACUUGUCCUGGUAGACGAGGCGCAUCACAUCGUUGCACCCACGUAUCUUGAGGUUUUGGAGUACUUCGGUUUGGACAAGCCCAACAACGAGGCACCGGCGCUGGUUGGGGUUUCGGCAACAUUUUCCAGGUUUGAUGGCCUACAGUUGGGUACCGCAAUCGACCACAUUGUAUACCACAAAGACUAUGUUGAUAUGAUUGGAGAGAACUGGCUAGCCCAUGCGAUUUUUACUACAGUCCAGUCCCACGUGGACCUAUCCAACGUCAAAAAUGCCCCGAAUGGAGAUUUUCAAACCAAACAGCUAUCAGCCGCAGUCAAUACGGAGAAGACGAAUGAAAUAACUGUUAAAGCCUGGCUUUCUCGGGCGCAGGAAAGGAAAUCUACCCUUGUCUUUUGUGUUGACAUUGAGCAUGUCAGAUGUCUAACCGAAAAGUUCCGCUCCUACGGGAUUGAUGCUCGGUAUAUAACCAGUCAAACUUCAAAAGAGAUUAGGACGCAAGAGCUAGACGCAUUCAGAAGCCAAAAAUACCCUGUUCUGCUUAACUGCGGGCUUUUCACUGAAGGUACUGAUAUACCAAACAUCGAUUGUGUUGUCCUUGCCCGGCCUACAAGGUCAAGAAAUUUGCUUGUGCAAAUGAUAGGCAGAGGAUUACGUUUGCAUCCAGGAAAGCAAGACUGUCACAUUAUUGACAUGGUCGCAGCACUGCAAGCGGGGGUUGUAACAACUCCAACUCUUUUUGGUCUGCAUCCUAACGAAGGCCUUGAUAAAACCUCAGUCGAUGACUUUGAGAAGCUCGCGACGAAGUCCGGGAUAGGUCGCCCAAAAGGAUCGGCUCCCGACCCAAAGGGUGAUGUCGUCGUUGACUUUACUGAUUAUGAUUCGGUUCAUGACCUUAUUCAAGACAUAUCUGGAGAACGGCAUAUCCGUUCAAUGAGCAAAAAUGCCUGGAUCAAAAUCAACGAUGACCGGUACAUCCUCGAAGCCCCCCAAGGUAGAUUGGUUAUCACCAGAGACGAUUCAGAUUUAUAUUCGGUGCUGCAAAUCAUGGCGCUUCCCUCUAGCGCAAAAUCGAAGAGUCCUUACGGGCGUUCAAAGGAAGUGGCAUCGUCGUUAACGCUAACUGAAGCCGUGCAUGCUGCUGACACUUUGGCCAGUCGUAUCUUUGGGCCAAUAUUUGUGGCCUUAUGGCAGCCAUGGAGAAAGAGACCGGCAAGUUUGGGACAAGUUGCAUUUUUGAAAAAGUCCCUUGGCUUUGAUGGCGAGCUUCUUUCGGAGCAUAUUACAAAGGGCCAGGCUGCUGACAUGAUAACCAAACUCAAGCAUGGUGCAAAAGGGCAAUUCAAGGAUAUUCUUCUCAUGAAACGUCGGAUAGAUAGAGAUAGGGUGAGAGAAGAAAAACUGGAAGAGUUGAGGAAUCGAGAAGAGGUCAAAGUUGGACAGUUGAAUAGUCUGCCAGGGUAG